AUGGAAAGCAAACAUUUCAUCAAGAGCGUGAUCAUGUGUGCACUCAUACUGGGACUUGUCCCGGAACAAAUCCAAGUAGCAGAGGGCAAGAGCUGCUGCAGAGACACCAGAUCAAGAAACUGUUACAACGUGUGCGGUUUUAGGUACCCCAGUAGCUCCUGCUCAAAAAUGUGUGGCUGUGUGCUCACAAGGGACCCCACAUGUCCCAGGGAAUACCCUAACCUCAACCUUCUCCCUAGCUCAGCUGAACCAGAUGCCGUUGAGUACUGCAAACUAGGAUGCAGGCUCUCAGUCUGUGACAACGUCAACUCAGCUGAGCUUCGCAAAGACAUGAAAGUCGGCGUGGAGCGCUGCGGCGAUGCGUGCGGCCGGUUCUGCAACGAUGCCACCAACAUUGCAUCCGUCGAUGCUUGAUCAUGUAUGAGCAUGCGCUGAGAUCCCGGUGGCUUACCUUCUUCGUCGUUGCUGCCGCCUCAGCCGUUAUCUAGUUCUUGCUUUAGCUAUGAUAUGUUAGCCUUUGA